AUGUGAUGAUGAAUGCGUGGGAGAUUGUGUGGGUGUGUGUGGUCACUCUUUAUGCAAAGGGCACAAGCAUCACAACACACACACAAAGAAAUCAAAUCAAGGAUCUCAACCGACCAUCGCAUGAUUCGCACUGUAGAAUGGAACCGAUCCAUUUGCUAGGCACAGAAGAUGCUACUAUUAUGAACCUAGCUUCUCAGGUGGUCGCACCGUCUUUGCUCCAGGCCCCAGCCACCGUCACCCUCACUAACGGCUCCAGUAUCAUCGACAUCAGCUCUGGCUCUGUAGUGCCCAAAGUAGAGCCACUGUCCACAAGUCCCUCCCCUGAAGAGCCAAUUGAUGAGGAUAUGUUGGAUCCGAGCUCCCUUCUCCGCCAGAUCAACCAGCUGGGUCCGUCCGAGAGAUGUUCCCCUGUACAGGCCGGAAGUAUGGGCAAGAAGCUGCUCACCAUUAUCGCCUACCACGAACAAAACAAUCUCGCACUGCCAGAGGAGCUACAGAGCAGUUUUGAUAUCCUCCAUCGCUGCCUGGCUGUCGUCUAUGGCACCUUCUUUCUGAAUCUUUACACCAAGGCCAACGCUCCGUGUCUACUCUGCCACAGCUGCAAGUGUCUGUACCCCCCAGGGCAGUUUAUCCACCACUCAUGUGCCUCACUCCCUGUCAACAUUGUCCCCUGCCGCUCUCGAAUGUGGAGGAGGUGUCUUGUCCCUCUAGUGUCUCCUGGCCUUGACAAGGAUCAUCAGAAGCAGAGAUGGAAGUUUGUACUAGAGAAGUUCUCUCACAAUGCCGCCUUAGCCUCCAGGAAGAAUCCCAUACCUCCUGAGACCGAGGCUCAAUUGUUGGACAUCCCAGAGUUGAAAAAAAGGCGAUUUAAUAAACCUAAGAAAGAGGGAGAGGAUGAGGUACCUAAACCAGAAGAUCUCAGUGUCCUUGACAUGGAGGGACCAGAUGACAGUAUGGAUGCUGGCUCUCCUGUUGAACCCUCUCAGUCACAAUCCCCUAUAGUACUGGCAGAACAGCUGGUCAUGGAGGUUAAGAGACUACAAUUGGAGCUAGGGCUAGCUAAAGGAAAGCUGCAGAGUGCCUCUGAGAUGAUUGGGAAGAUGCCUUCUGAAGCUUGUAUGCGUGAGCAGCUGUCUCAGGCACUCACCAACCAGCAGAGUCUGACAAUAGAGAGAGACCAGGCGAGGGAACAGGCAAAGCUGGCCACGGAGAGGGCAGACAGGUUGGAGAGACAGCUAGACCUUCUCAGAAAGACUCAUGGACAAAUGGAGAAGCAGUUCUCUAUUUAACACAAGUCACACAACCCACAGUCAGUGACACUCAAUAUUUCACGUUCUUCAUGCAACAACUCUUUAAAUAGAACAGUUAUAUACAAACAAGAGUAUAUAAUAUAUUAUUAUGUAAGAGUUUUGUUGAAAUUGAAAUGCACUUACAACAUG